AUGCCUACAGAAACAACAUCCCCUGUCUGUGUGAACUGUAAGCUUCGCAAGAAGAAAUGCGACAAGGCGCGGCCGCGCUGUGGAUACUGCGCCCGGAAGAAUUUGACCUGUCAAUCCUCAAUAGAUGCAAAAUACUCUCAAUUGAGACGCCUGCCCAUGAUCUCUAGUCCUGUCAUCAGCUCGUCCUUGCUGCUAGCCGAGACUUUGUCAGCGGUCUUGCAAGACGAACCAACCAGCCUCCACUCCACAGUGUAUCUGCAGAUUCUCCGGAUCAUUCGUUUGACCGAUCAAACUAUAGAUGAGAUCUGCCUCCGAUACUUCCGAGGCAUGCAUUCUUUCAUACCGAUCCUAUCGGCCCCGCGGUUCCAUGAACAGCUGAUCCACUCGGCGGCGCUACCCUCUGCGACAUUCUCAGUAUUGCUUUUGUCGAUGGCCCUGGUAACGUACCAUCCUAGCCUGGUCACUUCUAGCUCUGCUGUUGACCAAGCGACCCUCUAUUUUACUGUAAAAUCGCUGUACUCCCAGACACUGGCAUCUUUUCCGGAUUCUCUUCACCUUGUCCAAGCUGGUACAAUCAUCGCUAGUUAUGAAUAUGCGACUCGAAGGAUUCAUGAAGCUUUUUUCUCUAUUAGCGUCUGUGCCAGAAUGGGUUAUACAAUUGGCCUUCAUCUUCUCAGCCUGACUGGACGAUCUGAUAACCCCUCACAAGCGACAGAGAAAAGUGAUACUUGGUGGGGCGUUGUGAUCACCGAAAGGACUAUAUUAAGUGAAGCAGAAGUUCAACAGCCCGUCCUUUCCCGCUUUGCAGAGGGACAAGUUUCACUACCAAGGGAGCCUGUGUCAUUGGAGUGGGACUCGGAUCUAUUCAACGAUAUCGUUUCCAAAAGGUGUCCAAACGUUGAAGAUUGCGAUGGAUUGGCUAGAGUGACCCAGGCCAUAUGGCUCUUGGAUCAAGUGUUCAAAGCCUCAGAAGAGCGGGAUGUCACUGUCCGAUUGGCUCAGCUUGACAAAUUGGAUUACUCGCUGCGAGGAUGUCUAGCGCUGACAAUGGAUCAAUCUCAAGGCCGAUGGGGGCUAUUCUGUACAGCGAAUGCCAUCAUCUUCAGGGCGCUCUUCAUUCUCCACCGGAAGGUCAUCCAUAGUGCAGCGGGGGUUUCAUGCUUGAGCUCCCAUAUUGCACUGGAGACAACCAUCCAGAUGGUGAACGACAUUGCUACAACUCAACAGAAUAUGACGCUCGCAGAAAUGGAUACGCUACCACCGAGUCGGGCCUUUGUCUUCAGGGCAGCGCUACACUAUCUUGAUGAAUUUGGAACAGACUGCGGUCGAUGGGACACUGUUCGGACAUGUCUUGAAUCAUCGAUAACAAUGUUUGAUGCCCGUUGGAAUGCAGUCUGUCCUCGUGAAAUACCCCUCUAA